GAGACGAUUGAAAACAUUAAAGAUGAACUAGAACAAAACCCGAUAGUGCUGAUCGUUAUUUCUAUUAUUGUGAUUGUCUUCAGCGGAAUGAUAGUAUGGGCCAGAUAUCAAGAUAAAAUUACGAAAAACGUGGACCAAUACGUGGAAGUGUGCGAUAAUGUUCCUUUCGUUUCAUAUCGAUAUCUAAUGACUGUAUUUACUGGGAGUCAAAAACAUGCCGCACCAACAUCAACAAUUGCCGUAAAGAUAAAUGGAACAAACCAGCAAAGCAUUUUGCAUUUGUUGCAGAAGCACGAUGAUACAAUUCAUUUUCUAUCACGUGGAAAUGUCGUCACAUUUCUGAUGACAUCACUGCGAUGUGUAGGUGAUAUCACAUCUAUGAAUAUUUGGCAAGAUGGAAAGGGAAGCAACCCAAAAUGGUAUAUCGAACGGCUUGUUGUUCGUGACUAUGAAACUAAUGAAUGUUGGUUUUUCCUGGCAAACGAAUGGUUGAACGACGAAGAACCGUUUGCUGAACCGAUGGAACUUGUUUUAUAUCCUGCAACAAUGAAGGAACUUCAUUCGUUCCGAAACAUAUUUCUUAUAAAAGUAUCAUAUUAUUUAAAAGAUAGUCACAUUUGGUACUCUAUGUUUGCACUACGAGCAUGGUCUUGUCACAAUAUGAAUAGAAUUGAACGAGUUGGCUGCUGCUUUCUUCUUAUAAUGAUGGUCAUCGUCACGUCACUAAUGUUUCAUGGACGGAUUGGAGAUGAUUAUGAUAUAUUGAAUUUAUUAUCAGCAUCUAAUAUCAUUGCAGGUUUGGAAAGUGGUUUAUUGUGUUUUCCCAUCACAUAUAUUGUCUCCGUAAUGUUUCAAUCUUCAAGAGCUCGUGACUCUGUAAACUCCCUCGGCAAAGAGAACAUGUCGCUUGAAACGAUUUCGCAAAAUUACUUAGCAUCGAAAAUGAAGUUGUUCAACGACGAGCAAAGGAAAAAGUCAUCAAAUUCACAUUUGCAAACAACAUCAAAUCGCUCUCGCAUAACGGGCCGUAAAUUCUCGAAUAUCCCAAAGUCUAGGAACCACAGAGGUGCGGAACUCAGGAAAAAGUUGUCGACAGAGAAAAUAUCACCUCACCCCUCAAUGGAGGGUUUGAACUCAGAGAAAAUAUUAGUUUUUUCGAACAAAAAGAGAAAAGCUUCGCGUGAUCAGCGCUCGAAUAUGAAGCAAAGUAGUAACCACAGACCGGAAAAACAAGAAGCACAAACGCUCACGGAAAGAAGGAAAUCGAGGAACUCACAGAAUAUGAGGAUUCCAAAACCUUCUUCACAUAUAAGCAAUUUCAGUUUUACGCAAACGGAAAUUGCAAUUAUGGAUGUUGACCCAAGUUCAUCUGAUUUCAAACCUCUUCCAUGGUUUUUCCGAUAUAUAGGAUGGAUGAUAAUUGGCGUUGUCAGCACUGGGUGUUGCGUACUCAGCAUUAUUUACGGAAUUUCAUACGGAUAUAAUGACACAAUGAAAUGGUUAAUUUCCCUUCUAUUUGCAAUAUUGGAAAGUAUUUUCAUUCUUGAACCGAUCAAGUGUAUUAUUCUUGCUUAUAUUGCUGUAAUAAGUAAUCCAAGAUUGGAUGUAUCAGACUGGAUUCCACCACUAAAAAGAAAAGUUGUAAUAAAGCGUCAUGAAAAUCCACGCGAAGUAUUGAAAGAAUUGAUAAAAGAACGUAAAACGAGCCCAAUUUAUAAAGGACCUGUUUCAAAAAAUGAGAAAAUGCGCAGCAUGGAAAUCGACCGAAAUUCACAAGUCACAAAUACUAGCUCAUGCGGUUCGCAAUGAAGUUUGGGAGUCCAGAUCAGCAAUCAGGAAAUGAUCAUCUGGAAGUUUACCACAAGAUCUAAUAGCAAAUCAUGAUUGUACACUUCUUUUCGUGUCACAGGAUACUAAUUAUAAUUUGAAAUUGCCGAUAAAAAUUAAUACAAAUUGAUCAGUAA